AAGUCUCGACCCAACAGGACCAUCCAACAACGCCCACCUAAAUUUCUAGCCUGCCAUGGCAGGCAUCUUCGAGCAAUCCCGCAACACCGGCACUCUCUUCCUCGGCGGUCAAAAAAUCAGCGGUCAAGACAUCCGAGAUCAGAAUGUCCUCGCAACGCAGGCCAUCUCCAAUGUCAUCAGAUCGUCGUUCGGCCCAAGCGGUCUGGACAAGAUGAUGGUCGACGACAUCGGAGAGGUCACGGUCACCAACGACGGAGCCACCAUCCUCAGCCUGCUGAACGUGGAACACCCGGCCGGGAAGAUCUUGGUGGAUCUCGCACAACAGCAAGAUAAGGAGGUCGGCGAUGGUACGACCAGUGUCGUGCUGAUUGCGUCGGAGUUGCUGCGGAGAGCGAACGAGUUGGUGCGCAUGCGUAUACAUCCUACCACAAUCAUCACAGGCUACCGAUUGGCGCUACGGGAGGCGGUCCGAUACAUGAACGACAACAUCAGCACAAAGGUGGAGACCUUAGGGCGGGAGAGCUUGGUGAGCAUCGCAAAGACGAGCAUGUCGAGUAAGAUCAUUGGAGCGGAUUCGGACUUUUUUGCCAACAUGGUUGUGGAUGCCAUCACGAGCGUCAAGACCACCAACGCGCGCAAUGAAGUCAAGUACCCCGUGAAGGCCGUCAACGUCCUCAAGGCGCAUGGAAAGAGCGCCCUCGAGUCGGUCUUGGUCAAGGGCUACGCUUUGAACUGCACAGUCGCCUCUCAAGCGAUGAAGACUAGGAUAACCGACGCCAAGAUUGCCAUCCUCGACAUGAAUCUGCAAAAGGAGCGCAUGAAGAUGGGUGUGAACGUGGUCAUCGAUGACCCAUCACAAUUGGAGAAGAUUCGCGAGAGAGAAUCCACCCUGGUCACUGAGCGCGUGGAGCUGAUCCUCAAGGCUGGUGCCAACGUCAUCUUCACGACCAAGGGUAUUGAUGAUCUUUGCCUGAAGUACUUCAUCGAGAAGGGCGCGAUGGCCGUCCGACGCUGCAAGAAGGAGGAUCUCCGACGGAUAGAGAAGGCCACCGGAGCGACCAUGAUCAGCUCCCUAGCAGACAUCAACACCGGCGACGAAGUAUUCGACCCCAAGGCUCUCGGACACGCCGAGGAAGUCGUGCAAGAACGCAUCUCUGACGACGAAUGCAUCCUCGUCAAAGGCCCCAAAGUCCACACCGCAGCAUCCAUCAUCCUCCGCGGACCCAACGAGUAUUCCCUUGACGAGAUGGAGCGAUCCGUUCACGACUCCCUCUCCGCGGUCAAGCGAACCCUCGAAUCCGGCCGCAUCGUCCCCGGCGGUGGCGCCGUCGAGACCGCCUUGCACAUCUACCUCGAGGAAUGGGCCACGAGCGUCGGAUCCCGCGAGCAGCUCGCCAUCGGCGCCUUCGCUGCCGCCCUGCUGAUUGUCCCCACGACUCUCGCCGUCAAUGCCGCCAAGGACUCCUCCGAGCUCGUUGCGCAGCUCCGUUCGCGCCACGCGCUUUCUCAACGUACCUCCGAACCCUCCGCCUCUGCGCACGGCGGCCCCCCCGCCACCUCCGCCGCGAACCCCGGCUCACCCGCGACCCCCGCCAUCGCCAAAGCGAAGGGCUACAAGAAUUAUGGCCUGGACCUCGUCAAGGGCAAAGUCCACGACUCCGUCAAGGCCGGCGUCCUCGAGCCGAGCAUGUCCAAGGUAAAGCAGUUGAAGAGCGCGGUCGAGGCUUGCGUCGCGAUCAUGAGGAUCGAUACCUUGAUCAAGCUGGACCCCGAACAGAGAGGCGAUGGUGGCGAUGAUGGUCAUGGGCACUAG